AAAAUGUAGCAAGACUAACACAAAGGUUUCCCCAGAACCCGGAGGUUCAGAAACACACAGUACCGAAAACGGUUUCAGUGAAUGGGGAGGUGGAGAGCUGGUUUCCUUCUCCUCAAUCACAUAGCCACUGCUUCCAAAUCUCUUACCCCUAAUCUUUCUCGUCCUCUCAGACCUCUCCGUCCCUCGAUUCCCUUAUGCCCCGCCAUUCAUCUCCUCAGUUUAAGACCCUUGUCUGCAAUCCCAUCCCGGGUCUCGGUCGAUUUCAACGAAUUCGAUUCUGGGCCUCCGAGUUUCGAUCACAGGAAUGAAUUCAUGGCCAACGAAGAUGAGGAAACUGGAAAGAUUCCUGUCAAAGCCUACUUUCUUUGCACCAGUAUCAAUUUGAAGAGCAUGCAAGCCGAGAAUUUAAGCAAUGUAGUUCCUCCUAGCUCUCGCUCAUCAAAUUAUAUUGCCCUCAGAUACUGUGAUUUCCCAUCAGAAAAUACUGGGCUUGGAGUCAAUGGGAACCUGAGCUACUGUCGUUACAUGGUUGUGUUCCAGUAUGGAUCUGCUGUUCUAUUUAAUAUCGAGGAUCAUGAAGUUGAAACUUACCUGGAUACAGUUAGAAGACAUGCUUCUGGGUUGCUUCCAGAGAUGAGGAAAGACGAUUAUGCUGUAAAGGAGAAGCCAUUGUUGGUUGAGGAUAUGCAGGGAGGGCCGGACUACAUUGUUCUCAAGACGUUGGACACGGAUGGCAUCCGCAUUAUUGGAAGUGUGCUUGGCCAAAGCAUUGCUUUGGAUUAUUUUGUUUCACAGAUUGAUGGUAUGCUUCAAGAAUUUGCAGAGAUAAAUCGUGGAAUGGAGAAAACUGGAACUUUUACAAUGGAUAAGAAGAAGCUCCUUCAACUUGUCGGGAAGGCUAAUUCAAAUCUAGCCGAUGUAAUCCUCAAAGUUGGUCUUUUUGAGAGAUCAGAAAUUGCUUGGAGGGAUGCAAAAUACGCUCAAAUAUAUGAAUAUCUUCGAGAGGAGUAUGAGGUGACUCAACGCUUUGGAAAUUUGGAUUUCAAAUUAAAAUUUGUCGAGGUAAAUCUAUCCUUAUGUCUCUUGCUGAUGCAUAUGUUUGAUUUGGUUGAACUCUAG